CCCUCUUAUGACUCGGUGUCUCUCUUCCUGAGCUCACUCUGUCGUUGGCGUUCGCGUUGACUGGCCAGAGUCCGCGAGCUGAACAGCCUCACCCUUCACUUUCUCUUCUCUCCCUCUCCAUCUCUGCAGCUUCGUACCCAUUCUUCUCUGUGCUGCCUUCAGGAUCUCACCGUUAUCUAAACUUCCUGGUCUGUUGCUGACACCUGAUUGGCCAUGGCGUAUCACAGCUUCCUGCUUGAACCAAUUAGCUGCCAUGCCUGGAACAAAGAUCGCAGCCAGAUCGCUCUCUGCCCCAACAACCACGACGUCCACAUCUACAAGAAAGAUGGGACCAAGUGGACCAAGAUUCACGAGCUGAAAGAGCAUAACGGCCAAGUGACGGGGAUCGACUGGGCUCCAGACAGUAACCGCAUCGUCACCUGUGGAGCGGACCGGAACGCCUACGUGUGGACCCUCAAAGAAGGGACCUGGAAGCCCACCCUGGUCAUCCUCAGGAUCAACCGAGCUGCUCGUUGUGUGAAGUGGUCGCCCAGAGAGAACAAGUUCGCCGUUGGCAGCGGCUCUCGCCUCAUUUCGAUUUGUUACUUCGAGCAGGAAAAUGACUGGUGGGUCUGUAAACACAUCAAGAAGCCGAUCCGCUCCACCAUCCUCAGUCUGGACUGGCAUCCCAACAACGUCCUGCUGGCCGCUGGAUCCUGUGACUUUAAAUGCAGGGUCUUCUCAGCCUACAUCAAAGAGGUGGAGGAGAAACCGGGCCCCACUCCGUGGGGCAGCAAGAUGCCUUUUGGGGAGAUGUUGUUUGAGUCUGGAGGAUCUGGAGCUGCUGCUCAGGCCUCAGCUGGAGCUGGAGCUGGAGGUGGAGCUGGAGGUGGAGGUUGGGUGCACAGUGUCUGCUUCUCACACUCAGGCAACCGCCUGGCCUGGACCUCGCACGACUCCACCGUGUGCGUGGCGGAGGGAGGGAAGCGCGGAACGGUGAACAGCCUGAGCUCAGAGACUCUUCCUCUUCUGUGUGUCACCUUCAUCACUGAGAACAGCCUAGUGGCUGCUGGCCACGACUGUUACCCCGUGCUGUUCGUCUACGACGGUGCCAAAGGCAGCUUGACCUUCGGUGGUAAACUGGACAUUCCCAAACAGGCAGCCCAGAAAGGCAUCAGUGCCAGGGAGCGCUUCCAGAACCUGGACCGCCGAGCCUCCGAGAACCAGAACGCAGAGCAGCACCUGAACUCUCUCCACAAGAACAGCAUCAGCCAAAUCUCUGUUCUGGAAGGAGGACGAAACCAGUGCUCCAAGUUCUGCACCACUGGCAUGGACGGAGGAAUGAGCAUCUGGGACGUGAAGACUCUGGAAUCUGCAAUGAAGAACUUGAAGAUAGUUUAGGUUUUAGUUCAAAUGAAACAAAGCAACGUUGAAGCUUCAGGAAACAUGAAGAAAAAGCUUGGCCUCAUUCCUAUCAGCUUUUAUAUAUAAAUAUAUUUCUAUAUCCAGGUUAAGGAUCAGACUGCCGUCGUAGAGCGUGUGUUCGCCUUCUGAAGGGCUCGGGUUCUGUUUGUGAAACAGAACCAGAGCUGAGCACACGGAUACUGACCACCGGUCUGCAAACGGUACCUGAGGAGCAGCAGUAGUAGCAGCGUAGUCACAGACUGAUGAGUCUGAGCUGGAGUUAAAGCUUAAAGCUGGAAUGUUCUAUAAUCAGAAGGAAAUGUUGGAGUUGAUGUUGAAGCUUAUGCUGGUCAUAACACGCAGUGAAUAAACGUGGGCUCGUGUGGACAACUCUUCA